CUUUGCAGCUCUCAGAGCUCAUGUAUAAUUAUACCUGCACGUUUUGUAGAGUCAGUAGUUUCCUACUUGUCAUAGCCGCGCGCGGGAGCAGCCAUGACAGAGAAACGGGUCAAGAUCAUCAAGCAUAACAACGUCUCGGUCAAGUUCGAGGUGGACUCCCGCUACUCGCCGCUGGAGAGCAUCGGGACGGGGGCUUAUGGAGUCGUGUGUGCGGCCAAGGACAACAGGUCGGGCCAGAGGGUUGCCAUCAAGAAGAUACCCAAGAUAUUCGACGUCCCCGCCGUGGCCAAGCGUACCUACAGGGAGCUCAAGAUCCUCCGCCACUUGCGGCACGACAACAUCAUUUCCAUUCUGGACGUGUUGAAACCGGACGAGGAGGAAAACUUUGAGGACGUGUACGUGGUUCUGGACCUCAUGGAGAGCGACCUCCACCACAUCAUACACUCGGUACAGCCCCUGAGUAACGAGCACAUCAAGUACUUCCUCUACCAGAUCCUGUGUGGACUCAAGUACAUCCACUCGGCCAACGUCCUCCACCGUGACCUGAAACCGAGUAACCUCCUGAUAAAUCAGGACUGCGAGCUCAAGAUCGGCGACUUUGGCAUGGCCCGUGGCCUCAGCUCGUCCCCAGAAGACCACUCCACGUUCAUGACAGAGUAUGUGGCCACUCGCUGGUACCGGGCGCCCGAGCUCAUGCUCUCUUUCUCCGAGUACAGCUUCUCCAUCGACAUGUGGUCUGUCGGGUGUAUCUUUGCAGAGAUGCUCGCCCGACGACAUCUCUUCCCGGGCAAAAACUAUCUCAACCAGCUCCAGUUGAUCCUGAGUGUUGUCGGGACACCCAGCGAUGAGUACAUCCAGAACAUUGGGACCGAUCGCGUCAAGACUUACCUGCAAAAUCUCCCGGCUAGAAGACCAGUGGAUCUGACAGUUCUAUUCCCCGAGGCAAACAAGACUGCACUCGAGCUCCUAAAACUGAUGCUCGUCUUGGACCCCAAAGAGAGAGUGUCUGCCAGCGAUGCCCUCAGCCAUCCUUACCUCACUCGAUACCACGACCCGAAAGAGGAACCGGUGUGCUCUCCUCCGUUUGAUUUCGAGUUCGAGAAGAACCUCGUGAACAAGGAGGACCUCCGGAAGGCCAUCUUUGAAGAGAUAGACACCUACCACAAGGCCAAGCUGCCCAUUCCCUCCCACGACACCGUGAAGGAUGCCCUCAUCAAGAUGAUGAAGGACAGGGACGAGGAGAAAGUGGCUGCGGCUGCUGCCACCACUGAUGAUACUCAGAGCGGUGAUGAUGACAGGGGCUCUACCCAGGAUGGUACCAAAGAGAAAGAGGGAAAGCCAGAUAAAGAAGGUCCCAACAAAUCGAAGAAGGAGGACAAGAAAAAGAAGCGUCCCAAUUCUCACGCCGCCAGCUCGGAAAAGAAGAAAAAGAUAAAGAUUGAGUCGACAGAGGUCUCACAGCCUCAACCCGCGAGCAUGAACGAGAAAGACAAGGAAGCGCUGAAAUGCUGGAAGGAGUUCAAGAAGGCGAGUCACGUGGGAAGAAAUGGGAGCGAGGAAGACAUGGACAAAAUAAUGAUGAUCCAGCAGCAGCAUCUGAUGAGGCGGCAGAUUGAGGAGCAGUCCCUGGUGAUUGCCAAUCAGCAGAAGAUCAUCCAGGAGCAGCUCCAGUACAUUGGAGUCCUCAAGGAACAGAAACAAGCCCUCCUCCGAGAGUGCCAACAGGCAGGGCUUAGCACUUCCGACAUACCUUCACUUCAGACACCUUCUAAAGUCAUCUCCCAUCACUUUUCUCUCCCUCCCUCGCACAUGACCUACCCCCUUCCUUCCCAACUUGCCACCCACCCUCUCUCUCAGCCCCAACCCACUAGUCCUUCCCAGGCCAUCUCAUCUGCUGCUAUGAGCAACCCACUACCUCGCCCUCCCUCCUACCCUUCCCACCCUCCUCCCCCUCUCCUUCCUCCCCCUCACCGGGCCCACCUACCUCACAUCAGAGUCGCACCGGGCGUGCUGUCCCCACACCAGCCACAUCCUCUCCCUCCCUGCAACUUCCCAGGGCUCCCGGCCACCUCCCAACUCACCACCUCAGUCACCCAGCCCUCGUCCCUGCAUCCCCUCCCACCAAUCUAUGAUGCCUGUGCCGGCAGAACUCCCUCCCUCCUCGAGAGCAUAUCCUUUUCUCCGCUCACUUCUAGUGAAUUUCGUGAGAUGGACCACAAGGACCAGCCGCCCGGCUACUCUGCACUGCUAAUGAGAUCGUACGACGAAGAGUUGAACAGUAUCCUGGACAUUGCGGGUCUCCCGACAGGCAGAGGGGCAGGCUACGGGGUUGGAGUGGCAGACGAUGAGCUUCCUGCACUGGACCUCAGGUUGGUGCCCACCAACAUGGGGACUGAUGGGUGUUUGGUCUGUGUGUGGUGUCUGGGAGGACAUUUUGGUAUUACUGUUGAUGGAUUCUUGGCUUCAAACAAGUGGUAGCUAGUGACGUGUGGGGAAUCUGGGCAUUGAUUACAGAAUCAACUGAAUGUUUUUGGGUCUGUCUGGGGGUGUAUAUAGCAUAAUGCCGUUCGUCCCGGGGGAAAUGCUAAAUGUAGAAGCUGUUGCUGAAAACGGAAACUUACUUAUUCUUGCACUGGGCC